AUGUCAGGAGGAUCGGAUGUAUCUUCACCAUCAUCAGGACGAAUUAGCACGAGUUCUUUGUCAGACUUGAAGGACUUGGAUCUUUCUUCAGAGUCUGGCUGCUUGUCCAUUGUUGUACUAGGUGCUUCUGGGGACCUUGCUAAAAAGAAAACUUUUCCAGCACUCUUCAACCUUUUUCAACAGGGAUUUAUACAAUCUGGAGAAGUCCAUAUAUUUGGGUAUGCAAGAUCAGAUAUGUCUGACGACGGGUUAAGAGAACGCAUUCGUGGAUAUCUCAAAGGAGCUUCAGAUGAACAUCUUUCACAAUUUUUGCAAUUAAUUAAGUAUGUUAGUGGUUCAUAUGAUAGUGGGGAAGGAUUUGAAGUGCUAAACAAGACAAUCUCUGAGAAUGAAACAUCAGAGAACAACCAACCAGGAAACUCCCGAAGACUAUUUUAUUUGGCAUUACCUCCUUCAGUGUACCCCUCAGUAUGCAAAAUGAUAAGAUCAUAUUGCAUGACUCCAUCCUCUCAUACUGGUUGGACAAGGGUUAUUGUUGAAAAGCCCUUCGGAAAGGAUUUAGACUCUGCUGAGGAAUUGAGUGCCCAACUUGGAGAGCUUUUCGAUGAAGAACAACUAUAUAGAAUUGACCACUAUUUAGGAAAGGAGUUGGUCCAAAACUUGCUCGUGCUUCGCUUUGCAAACCGCUUUUUUCUGCCCCUCUGGAAUCGUGAUAACAUAGAUAACGUACAGAUUGUAUUCCGGGAGGACUUCGGAACUGAUGGACGUGGAGGAUAUUUUGAUCAAUAUGGUAUCAUUCGGGAUAUCAUUCAGAACCAUUUGCUGCAGGUCUUUUGUUUGGUAGCCAUGGAAAAGCCUGUCUCUCUUAGUCCUGAGCACAUAAGAGAUGAGAAAGUCAAGGUUCUGCAAUCAGUGAGCUGUAUAAACCAUGACGAGGUAGUCCUUGGGCAAUAUGAUGGCUACAAGGAUGAUCCGACAGUGCCAAAUGAAUCCAACACGCCUACUUUUGCGUCCGUUGUACUGAGGGUACACAAUGAGAGAUGGGAUGGAGUUCCUUUCGUCCUUAAGGCUGGUAAAGCACUAAGCUCUAAGAAAGCAGAGAUACGUGUGCAGUUCAAGGAUGCUCCGGGCGAUAUUUUUAGAUGCAAGAAACAAGGAAGAAAUGAAUUUGUCAUACGCCUGCAGCCAUCGGAAGCCAUGUAUAUGAAAUUAACUGUAAAGAAACCAGGGCUCGAAAUGGCAACAGAACAGAGCGAACUGGAUUUAUCCUACGGGCUACGGUACCAAGAUGUAAAAGUCCCAGAAGCGUACGAGCGUCUUAUCUUGGACACGAUAAGAGGUGACCAGCAGCACUUUGUUCGCCGAGAUGAGCUCAAGGCUGCCUGGGAGAUCUUCACUCCUUUGUUGCACGACAUCGAUGCUGGCAGGCUCAAGGCUCUGCCAUACCAACCGGGAACCCGGGGUCCUCCGGAGGCCGAUGAGUUGAGCAAGAGGAUGGGGUACGUGCCGACUCUUGGCUAUGUUUGGGCACCACCAACCCUUGCAAAGUUUUAG